UGUCGGACACAAGACACAUCUCUCCAACACGUCAUCUUCUUCUUGACAAACUAACUCCCACUGCUAUCUGAUUGGCUGAGCGUCUAUAAAACUAUUCUUCCCGGAUAGACCUGUCCAUUUUGAAUUUGAAAUUCGACUAGAAUUAAGAUGAAUAUUUCCAGCGCCGCCAUGCUGCGUGUUUUCGUGGUCGCCCUCUGGGCAAUAGCAAUCCUGUGUCAAAAUACAAACGGACUAACUGCACUAGAAAACAUUCUAGCAGAGGAAACCAAAGACGAUUAUUUGAGGGAUGUCGAUGAUGAUUCCGUCUUGGACCAGAGAACAAGGGAAGAAGACCUGAAGAAGCUUAUUUUAAAGAAGUUACGAUUUCGAGAACUACCAAAUGAUUCUUCAUCCGAGGUGCUCAACAGUUUAGUUAAGAGAGUCCCCGACUCGUUUCGUUAUGGAGAUUCCUUGGUGGACAAGGUGGCCGCUUUGCUGAGAAUCAAGAUGAGGCCAACAAAGAGCCCCCAGGUCAGAAUGCCCAGUCUACGAUUUGGCUGAGGACGUCCAGAGACAGAAUAGAGUGGUGUAGAGAUUUAUUUUAUCUCUUUGUUUAUUAAAAAGAGAAAAAAGUAACUCUAUUUUUUUUUUUUGCAUCUGUAUACACUGAAACUUCGAAAAGAAUACUAGAAAUGCUUUAAGAGAGUGGUGGUUUAUAUUUUGUUUGAUAAAGUGUCAUUUUCAGAUGUUUAAUAAAAAUAUAAACAUAUUAAA